AAAAAAAAAAUUGCAUCUGGUGAAACCCAAGAGAGCGAGAUUCGACGGAAUAGCCCCGUUGGAGGGCAUGGCGUAAAAGAAGUAACCUACGAGGGAAUAUUUGAGGUCCUUCGACAUUUUAGAGACUUCCAAAGGGAAAAAAAGAAAAAAGAAACUCUGGGAUGCUGCCGGAUAGAGAAACAGAGCCAUAGGAGAGAGGAUAGGCUGAGAGGUAGGAUUUUGUCGGGCCAAGGCUGUCGAUUUGGGUUUGGGUUAUCGGUACAGAGGCUGAAUGGAAGGGUUGGGUCGGGUUUGGGCCGUUUUGGAUUGGCUAGACUGGCUAUAAACCAGACUGGAUUCGGGCCGGACUGGAGGGCUUGGGUUAGGAUCAGGCUAGGCAUGGUGGAGGCUGAGGUGAGAGGGGAUGAAGAGGAAAUGGGUUGGGCAGUGUGGGUUUUUAUUGGAACGGAGUGGGGUAAAGAGUGGAAGGGCUGGCUGGGAAGGGCCUGGGGUGAAAAAGGGCCCAACAUAAUUGGACCCGAAAAA